GGGCGGGGCAGGGCGGGGGUGGGACUUGGCUUAGACCCUUGGCGGGGAGGGCAGGGCUGGGGAUUAGAAAGGGUGGGCUUUAGAAGACUAGCAGGUAGCCGCUUCAUUUCUCCUAAGGUUCCUCGACUUGCUCCCUAUAACCAGCUCCAGCCUGGAGGAUUCCUGACUCGCCAUGGAGUCCACUCUGAGCGCCGGCAUCAUGAUGGCUGAAGCACUACAAAACCAGCUUCCCGGGCUAGAGAAUAUGUGGCUCUGGGUCACCUUUCUGGCCGAUCCCAAGAACCUCUUUCAGUUCUACUUCCCCGCGGUCUACUACGCCUCCCGCCGCCUGGGCAUCUCCCUGUUCUGGAUCGCCUUCAUUACUGAGUGGCUCAACCUCGUCUUCAAGUGGUUUCUGUUUGGAGACAGGCCCUUCUGGUGGGUGCAUGAAUCCGGGUACUCCGCCCAGACUCCAGUCCAGAUUCACCAGUUCCCUUCUUCUUGUGAGACUGGUCCAGGCAGCCCCUCUGGUCACUGCAUGAUCACAGGCGCAGCUUUGUGGCCCGUAAUGAUAGCCAUUUCAUCUCAGGUGGCCUCUCAGACCCGCAGCCCCUGGGUGAGGGUGAUUCCUGGCCUGGCCUACUGCACCUUCCUAUUGGCAGUCGGCCUGUCUCGGGUCUUCCUCUUAGCACAUUUCCCUCACCAAGUGUUGGCUGGCCUUCUAGCUGGUGUUAUCCUUGGCUGGCUGUUGAGUCCCCGGGUGCCCAUGGAGCGGGAACUUAGCUUUUAUGGGUUGACUGCUCUGACCCUCAUGCUGGGUGCCAGCCUCAUGUAUUGGACGCUCUUUACACUGGGCCUAGAUCUUUCCUGGUCCAUCAACCUGGCUUCCAAGUGGUGUGAUCGGCCCGAGUGGGUGCUCGUUGACAGUCGGCCCUUUGCCUCACUGAGCCGUGACUCAGGAUCUGCCCUAGGUCUGGGCAUCGCCCUCCACACUCCCUGUUAUGCCCAGAUUCGGCGAGUACACCUAGGAAAUGGCCAGAAAAUAGCUUGCUUUGUGCUAGCCAUGGGGCUGCUGGUCUUCCUGGAAUGGCUGGGCCAUCCACCUCAGAUAAGCCUCUUCUACAUCUUCAACUUCCUCAAAUUUACACUCUGGCCAUGCCUGGUCGUGGCCCUCGUGCCCUGGAUGGUGCAUACAUUGAGUGCCCAGGAAGCCCCACCCAUUCGCUCUUCUUGAUGAGUUUUGCCUCCCUCUCCCCAAAGACAACACUCCUUGACCACCACAGGAGCAGGCCCGCUCACCUUGAACUCCAUUUCUGCCUCAUGCUUUGCAGUCUUACCCCCCUUUUAAAAAAGGACCUCUGUUUCCAGGAGGCUAAGCCUUUCCCCAGGUCCCCACAAAGCAAGAACAACGGGAGGCCUGGUGGGAUGGGGAGCUGGGUUCCUGACACUGACAAGCUGCUCAGGAAGGCCCCAAUAAAGCCCUUGAAACCUC